AUGGGAGAAGAAUGUGGAAAGCCUCAGGUGGCAAGCCGAAUUAUGGGCGGACAGGAUGCCCAGGCGGGGGAGUGGCCAUGGCAAGUGAGUUUACGCAUGAAUGGACGACACUUCUGCGGUGGAUCCCUCAUCAGUGAAUCCUGGGUGAUCUCUGCUGCUCACUGUAUUAUCAGCUCUGUGACAACCUCCAAACUCACCGUCCACCUCGGCUGCUACCAACUUUCCAGUCCAAAUUCGCAGGAGAUUUCUGUUGGGGUGAAAACCAUCAUAAAGAAUCCCAAAUUUACAGGUGUGGGCUCGUUGGGGGACAUCAGCCUCAUAGAGCUGAAGACCCCGGUCAAAUAUACCGCGUACAUCCUCCCGGUCUGUCUGCCCACUGCCGAUGUGAACUUCCCAGAUGGACUAGACUGCUGGGUGACCGGCUGGGGGACCAUCAGGUCUGGAGUGGACCUCCCGAGCCCCCAGACUCUGCAGGAGGCCCGGGUCCCUCUGAUCAACUCAAAUACCUGCGACCGGCUCUACCAUAUCCAGUCUGGUGUCAGCAGUUCGGUUCCCAUAAUCCUGAGCGAUAUGACCUGUGCCGGGUAUCAGGCCGGCGGGAUAGACUCCUGUCAGGGAGACUCCGGGGGUCCUCUGGUCUGCUCCAAAGGUGGACAGUGGUUCCUGGCUGGGCUGGUGAGUUGGGGUGAUGGUUGUGGAAUGGUGAACCGCCCCGGGGUGUACACCCGACUGACUUCCUUUCAGGACUGGAUUAAGCUGAAGGCUCCAGAGACUCAGAAGAACAUGUUGUUUGUCAACUUCACCAAAGCUGACAGCAGCACAGCCACUACAGUCACUACAGUCACUAGAGUCACUAGAGUCAAUAUACAGACCCCACACUGGAGCAGCCGAGCUACAUCUGUCCAGCAAGAUUUCCUGAUCACAUGGGCAGCAGUUCUUUUCUGCAUGUUUUGUGUCUGUGCUUAG